AUGGGUAAAGAAGUCGUUGAUAAAGAUGUUAGUUUUUGGUCCUAUAAUGAUGUUGAAAAUUGGUUGAAAUCUAUAAAAAUGGAAAAAUAUGCAAAAUUGCUGGUUCAUGAACACAAGGUGAGUAUUUUUGUGGUUAUUAUUUUUCUGUGAGAAAAUUCCAAAGGAAUAUAUUUUCAGGUUGAUGGCAAGUGCUUGUUGAGUAUAACUGAUGAGGAUUUGAAAAAUCCACCAGUUGCAAUAAAAUGUUUGGGUGACAUUAAACAAAUUAUGUUCGGAAUUGAGCAAUUAACAGCAAGAAGUAGAGCAGCGGUGAGUCUUUUUUUUUUAAACAAAAAUUCAAAGUUUUGAUGCCCCUAACUUCACACAAUCAAAUUAUUUUGUAGACCGAACUUCUUGUCGAAUUCAACGAGCAAAACCAUGUGCAAAUAUCCGGCGAAGAUAUCCUAACAACAACAAGAAAAUCUGAAGUUGUUAGCGAUCAAGAUUCUCUUCUCAAUACACUUUCUCGAAGUGUUGAUGGUCUUUCAACAGUUCAGCUGAUUUCUCGAGAUGAAAUUAUUCGACAAGUUGAAAGUCCGGAUACUUUGACAAAAUCAGUUGCCAAAUUAUUUAUCGCAUUUCUCUAUUCAUUAUCAUCGUUUUUGAUUACUGCUUUUGUUAUGGUUUUGGUGCAUGAUAGAGUUCCAGGUUAGCUUUUUUUGAAGGGUGGAAGAAGAAAUCAAAUUUAUCUAUCCAGGUACUAGAUAGAUGUAUUGUAAGCUAGGUACUUUGGUCAAAAUGCUUUUACGUAUUCGAAAAUUUUUAAUCAUGGGUUAAAUUUUGAUGACAUUAAAUGGCUCUAAAUUACAUUCUGAUCAAAAAUCAAAUCACCCACCUGUUUUAUCUUUUGUUCAAAAAAAACAUUUCCAGACACCAAAACAUAUCCACCACUUCCUGAUAUUGUUCUCGAUAAUGUUCCACAUAUUCCAUGGGCUUUUGAUAUGUGUGAAAUCAUUGGAAUGAUUCUGUCGAUUAUAUGGUUCACAAUUUUAUUAUUCCACAAGGAAAGAAUCGUGAUUGCUCGUAGAAUGUUUUCACUUCUUGGAACCGUAUUUUUGCUUCGAUGUUUUACUAUGAUGAUCACAUCGCUCUCUGUGCCAGGAAUUCAUCUACAAUGUGAAGCGAGGGUAGGUUUUUCUUCACGAUAACGAAAUAUUUGUGGAAUUUACCAGAAACACAAUACUUUCAAAAUCUUAUCUCAAAAUGUUUUAUUUUCAGCCAAACACAACGAUGAGUGAGAAAAUCACAAAAGCUCUUCAUAUUUGGUCGAAUCUCGGGAUGUCUUUACACGGUGUUCGAAGUUGUGGAGAUUAUAUGUUCAGUGGACAUACAACUGUUAUCACGAUGAUUUGUCAUUUCAUCACUGAAUGUGAGUUAAUUUUGGGAUGGUUGAAAAUGUUCAUAAAAGAAAAGGGCCAAUCUGAAGAAACAUAUCACAUGUGUUUUGAUCAGCAAGAGAUCUCAAUUCCCACAGUAAAUCCUCAAACCUUUUUAUUUUCCAGACACACCUUCUACCUGGAAUGGUCUUCAUACAAUUACAUGGGUUCUCAAUAGUUUUGCAAUUUUCCUUAUUCUCGCUGCUCACGAGCAUUAUAGUAUUGAUGUAUUUAUUGGUAAGUAUCUUUUCAUCCAUGUUUUCCAACCACAAAUCACCUCACAUUCUUUUUUUCCAGCAUUUUAUAUAAGUUCUCGUAUGUUCUUAUAUUAUCACGCUUACGCUUAUAACCAUGCAAAUAUAACUGCCAGUGAUGAUCGAAUGAGAGUUUGGUUCCCACUUGGAUGGUUCUUUGAAUAUGGAUCGGUUGGAAAAGUCGAGAAUGAAUAUAGCAUUCCAAUUCCGAUUCCAUGCUUCCGAAACACAGAAUGUAUUGAAUCUAGUCCGAAUGUCAUAAAAAGUUCAGCAAUUCGAAAAUCAGGAAGAAAUGGAAAAGCGAAAAAGUACAACUAA